UUUUUUUUUUUACCUUUCGUUCACACGACCUUCUUUUUUUCUUUACCUUUGAGCCUUUUUUCUACUUAUCACCAUAACACAACAAUGACUAUAGACAAUCAAUGUGUAGUGGAUAUUCAUACACACGUGUACGUACCAAGUUACCUUCAACUUCUUCGUGAAAGAACUCAAGUUCCUCGUAUUUUACCACCUUUGGAUCCUGAAGACGAGUCAUCCUUGGAAAGACUUGUCAUUCUCCCUGGUGAAGACAAGGAUGCAAGCACAGCGAAUGGACGACCAGUGACUUUAGGUUUCUCUCAUAUAGGUGAGAAGCUCAAAUUUAUGGAUCAACAUGGAAUAGAUAUCUCGGUGAUCAGUUUGGCAAAUCCUUGGUUGGAUUUUUUACCCGAUACUCAGGCAACAUAUGAUAUGGCUAGAAAUAUCAACAACGAGAUCCAAUUCAUGUGUGAUCAAUCGCCAACAAGGUUAUAUUCUUUCGGUGUACUUCCAUUGAACAGUGUGAAAGCAUCCAUAGAUGAAGUGCAACGUAUUUCUACUAGUCUCAAGUCUAUGCGUGGUGUUAUUAUGGGGACUCAUGGUUGUGGUGGUAAAGGACUAGAUUUUCCAGAGUUGAUUCCUUUGUUUCAAACGAUUGCUGACAAUGAUCAAUUUAUAUUUUUACAUCCUCAUUAUGGUAUACCCAUCAACAAGGAAGAUGAUUCUUUACAAACAUCCGGCAAUAACAAAGGACAUGCUUUACAAUUGGCACUUGGAUUUCCUAUGGAGACGACCAUUGCAGUGACACGUUUGAUCUUAUCUGGUAUUUUCGAUAAAAUCCCUCAUCUCAAGCUCUUACUUGCUCAUUCUGGAGGCACACUUCCCUUUUUAGCUGGUCGGAUUGAUUCUUGUGUGGCCCAUGAUCCUGUUAUUGCUCAAUCAUUACAACAUCCUCCCUCUUGGUACCUCAAGAAAUUAUACUAUGAUGCUGUGAUUUAUCACGAUACUGGGAUUCGUGCCACUGUUGACUUUGCUGAUCCUCAACAUGUUAUGUUUGGUACUGAUCAUCCGUUCUUCCCUCCCUUAGAUACUCAAGAUACAAACAUGAAGAAAGAUAAAAGAUGGCUCUCGGUCGACAGUAAUUUGGAUGCUUUAGAUCAAGCUGGUUUGGAUAAAGAAACAAAGAAUGGGAUUUUAGGUGCAAAUGCUAUACGUUUAUUGAAUCUUCAGUAGUUUAGUAUAAUGAAAUGUUUUUUUUUUUUUUUUUU